CCGCCGCGGGAGGCGGGAGGGAAGCUGUUAUGGCUGCCCCCGAGACCCCAGCGAGCCCGGAGCGCAUCCUCUGCCUCUUCGACGUGGAUGGGACCCUCACGCCACCUCGCCAGAAAAUUGAACCUGAGAUUGCGGAGUUUCUUCAAGAGCUGCGCAAGAGAGUAAAGAUUGGUGUGGUGGGUGGCUCAGACUACUCCAAGAUAGCCGAGCAGCUGGGUGAAGGAGAUGAAGUCAUCAACAAGUUUGAUUACGUCUUUGCAGAAAAUGGCACUGUGCAGUACAAGAAUGGGCAGCUAGUCUCCAAGCAGGCUAUCCAGAACCACCUGGGUGAGGAACUUCUACAGGAACUGAUCAACUUUUGCCUCAACUACAUGGCUCUUCUAAAGCUUCCCAAGAAACGAGGGACCUUCAUAGAGUUCCGUAAUGGAAUGUUGAACAUCUCCCCCAUUGGCCGGAGCUGCACCUUGGAGGAAAGAAUAGAAUUUUCUGAACUGGACAAGAAAGAAAGGAUCCGAGAGAAGUUUGUAGCUGCCCUACAAAGGGAGUUCGCUGGCAAGGGCCUGCGGUUUUCCCGAGGUGGCAUGAUUAGCUUUGAUGUCUUCCCGGAGGGCUGGGAUAAGCGUUACUGCCUUGACAUCCUCGAUGAUGAGAGAUUUGAUACAAUACACUUCUUUGGGAAUGAGACAGCCCCUGGUGGGAAUGAUUAUGAAAUCUACGACGACCCCCGCACAGUGGGACACAGCAUCCAGUCUCCUCAGGACACAGUCCACAGGUGCCAGGAGCUCUUCUUUCCAGAGACAGUGAAUGAAUCUUGAUUUGUGGACCUCCCAAUUCCCCUCUUCAUCAUCCCUCAAAGGAGACCCUCCCUUGCAUCAUGAAAGCACUUUUUGCAUCCUUCUAGAACUUGCUGAGGCACAAGGUCUGCUGAGGCACUUUGGAAUUGAUGUGACUUGUCAGAACAGGAGGGAGACGACGACCCUUUAGCAAAAGUCGCACCACCUUUCACUACGGGGGACUUGCAGAACCCCCAAGGUCAUGUCCUCACUCCCAUCACCACUACAAAAGGAGGUAAAGUCAUAUGGGUUUGAAGGGAAUUCUAAUUUAUGCCUUUGUGUAAAAGCUAAGCAUUAUGUGGUCAUCUUCUCUAAAGGAGUUGAGUUCACCCAAAGGAAUUAUUCCUGAGAUUAUUCUCAGAAGCACUAUAUAAAUACUAUUUUAAAGAGCACAGGGCAUGGGGAUUCAAAAUCCAGGAUUUGCAGAAUUAUUAUAUUUUUGAACAAGCAAGCUGGUCUGGAAAUGCUUUAAAAAUUGCACUAGAUCAUUUUUUAUGAAAGAGAGUAGGGCCUUAAAAAUAAAUAAUGGCUCCAAUCUGGAGCUAGUCAUGUUUUUCAAAAAGAUACUGGCACAUGACCUGCUGUGCCAGAAUGCAAUCCAAGAUGCAUUUGAGCACAGUGCUGUAUGGAUGUGGGCAUCCAUGCACAGAUGCAGUUCUAAUGCCUGCCCGAUUUGUGCCUGUGUCUCCUGAUCCAGCCAGUGAUCUUUGUGCAGAAUGCCUGGAUUCUGCACACAGAUCUCCUUGCUGGGUCAGGCUGCACAACAGCACCAUGAACAGAUUUUUGGAACAGAAUUUGGCUACAUCCUUCGGAUUACCUCUGAGUAACAUUGGGAUUGUGCUGUUGCAAGAGAAAGAAAUACGGACUGUGAGGCAGCAUUUUUCCCUGAUUUCGUGAUAUUUUACUGUUGUUUUAUCAUUUGUUUUUAUGUACUGUGUCAACUGUCCAGACAGCUUCGGCUGUGGGAUGGUAUAGAAAUGAAAUUAACAAUAAUAAUUUAGCACCAAAAAUAAAAAGGUGUUGUUAGAGUGAGCUCAGGCAUAGAGCAGAGUCAAGACCCAGUGCUAAAGACAUCGGCGCAUGCAUAGAUUAACUGAACUAAAUUGGGCAGAUUAAUGAGCAAAUGUGUGCAAGCUGCAGCUCACUUUCAUGCAUGCCUAGGGGACAAUCUUAAGAAGUGGCACCUUUUCCAAAAAUCCUGCUGACUUAACACCAGCUAGGGCAGGAGGUGUGUAGGUGUGUACAGGUGUAGGAGUACGGAUACUCCUGGGCAUUUUGGUGGGGCGGGGGAGUCCUGGAGGUCAUUACUGGACACAAAAGUUCUUCGUCGUGGCCUCUGUGCAUCACACAUAUGGGUACUGCGCCUGCGCAGUGCCUGUGGCCGGAAGAUUGACAGCUAACGGUUUUUGGCGGGAAGCUCCGCUCCCCCUCCUCCCUGUGGCCUAUAAAGAGCGGAGCGUCCACCAUUUUGUUCAGUCUUUGCGACCGCCGUUCGCUGUGCCUCGUUCCACUUUCGACUUUCACUUCGACUGUUACCUUGCUCUUGAUUGUCCUUCUUUCCCAGUUUUUUCUUCUCCUUGCUCCCAGUUCAUUGUUCCACGUAGUUUUUCUCUUGUUAUUUCUUCUUUCGAUCUAUCUAAAAAAAAACAAAAAAACAAAAAUAUAUACUU